AAAACAAGCAGAGGAUACAGACAAGCAAAGUACCGACGAGCCCCUUACUGUCCUAUUUACAGAUCCUUGAGAUGGCAAGGUCAUCAAACCGAAAGCAAGAAAUCUUCAAAAUCGACUGGCAUUUACCAGCUAUCUCAACCUCCGCCUCAGCACAUAAUAUUAGCAGAGAUCUUUUUGCUCUCACUUAUGGUACUUUAGUAGCACAAUUGUGCAAAGACUAUGACAGUGAUGAGGAAGUUAACAAAUACUUGGAUGCAAUGGGAUAUAAUAUUGGAGUUCGACUAGUAGAAGACUUUUUGGCUAACUCUGGCAUAAAAAAGUGUCGCAGUUAUAGUGAAACAGUGGACAUAAUUGCAAAGGUGGCCUUCAAAAUGUAUCUUGGGAUCACUCCUUCUACAAUUGGGGGUAAUGACAAUGGAAAUGGAUUUUCUCUCAUACUGGAUAAAAAUCCGUUGGUUGACUUUAUUGAAGAACUUCCAACAGGCAGGUCAUCCUUGAGCUACUGUAACCUUCUUUCUGGAGUCCUAAGAGGAGCACUGGAAAUGAUUAAUUUACCGGCUGAUGUCACUUUUGUUCAAGACAGACUUAAGGGGGAUGAUGUCACAGAAAUAGGAAUAACAUUCCUGAGAAAGACUGAUGAAAAGAGAUCAAAGAAACAUAAAUGAACACCUUUUCAAUUGCUAGAAGAACAUGCCCCUUAUCUGUGAAAGUAUUUUCCAAAGAAAGACUUUUUUUUGUCAAUUUUCAUUGAUUAGUUUGAUUAGUCAUUACUAAUAUGAUCUACUAUCAAGUACAUUAAAAACAACAUCAAAGUAUUAUAAGAAAUCAUUUUGUUUAAUUGAAAUGUUUUUGAGGAUAGUAAAGGAUCCUGUACUGUUUAUAUCACCCUAUCACACCACAAGAAAUAGAUGUAGUACAAAAAAGAUUAUGGCAAAGUUAAUAUGCAAUGCUAUGUAAUGUUAGUAGAUUAGAUCUCAUUAAAAAGAAGUGUUAUGAAUUAAGAAUAUUUUUCAGGGUUUUUUGUAACUUUUUGUUUUGUAAAUUUUAUGUUGCAUAGCAUUAAAACUCAAAACAAGAGGUUAUGUGACAUCAAUUUAUGUUUAAACAAAUCUGAAAAUAAAAAUGUGAAAACCAGUGGUUUGCAGAAGUAUCCUAUUUUGUACCAUAAAAGCUGUGUAUCUAAACCAGUCAGUUCCUUGGUCAAAACCUGGACCAAGCUUGUAGAACCAACAAAGUAACACAGUAACAUAGUCAGUAAGGCUGAAAAAAGACAUACAUCCAUUCAUCCAGUUCAGCCUGCUGUCCUGCAAGUUGAUCCAGAGGAAGGCAAAAAAGACCCCUGUAGGUUAGCGGCAAAUUUUCCUAAUUUUAGGGAAAAACAUUUCCUCCCAACUCCGAUCAGGCAAUCAGAAUAACUCGUAAAAAUUCCUCUUCUGUGUCUGUGUAGAAACCUUCUUUCCUCUAGACACAUGAGGGGAUGUCCCCUCAUCACAG